AUGCUCUGUUUGCUUCUGUUCGGUGGAAUCUCGUUUGCUAAGCUCAUUUGCCCCGACUCAAAUCCUUUGAAUUGCUACCCUGAGCUUUUUGAACCUUCUGUGGAUUGGAGACCCGUCAAAGAAGGACAAAUCAUUCCGGGCGGACUGGACAUACGGCUGAAUAUAGACACGCUUGAACGGGAAGCUAAACUUACGGGAGAUAUCCAGCCAAACGAGAACGGCAUUGUGAUUGUUUCCGAAGACACCAUGGGGCCAAAUGAAGAACAAAACUUGUCUGAGGCCCUUGGGUACGUUUCAAAGUUUGUGAAUCAUGGAUUUGGCGAUUCAGCUACCCUAAUCAAAAAACUGGAAUAUAUUUCUGAUAUGAGCUCCGACUCCGACUAUGGUGUCGACGCCAUGCAAUUCAUACAGCCAUUGAUCCGACUAUCUGGAUUGUAUGGCGAAGAAGGAUUGAAAGAAAUUAGGGAGGAAGAUCGCGAUGAAAUUAGGGAGCUGGCAUCGAUAAUACUGGCAUCUUCUUUAAGAAAUAAUGCAGAAGCACAGCGGAUGUUUUUACAGUAUUUCUCCAAUCCUAUGGAUUUUGUCGACCAUCUUACAGCGAAAAUCGAUAAUGACGUGCUCCUGAGGCGGAGACUCGGGAUACUUGGGCCCUUGACGACGGCACAUUGA